GACCGGCUGGCUCAACUUCUGACCAGAAUCAUUAAGUAGCAGACUGCACUUAUUUGAUGUCUUUUCACCAGUAUGUGUCCUGUUGAAUAAAGAACGGCGAAAAACAACAGAAGUCAGCUGUGCUGCCCUCUGGAGAGCUAUGAACCGGGAUAAAGUGCAGGUUGGCGAAUCCAUCCUACCUGCCGCUGUCGGCGUGAUCGUGGUCGCUCCUCUAGACGGCAUGGACGACAAGCGGCUCGCGUCCGGAGAAUUGCCAGUGUUUAACUGCGCCGGAGGGAGAGAUGCUUUACCGGCGGAGAGUCGAGAAUCCUCACCGAGACACGAGCCCGCACCCGCGGGCGCGCCUCCUGCCGUCCAUAGGACAACCUCGUUCUCUGUUUUGGACAUUUUGGACCCCAAUAAAUUUACUAGUAAGAGGCAAACACCUAACAGGACAGGUUGUGAUUUCACGUUUGGUGCGGAAAACAGAAACGACGACUCAAAUCACACGAUCGACCACAAGUCUUAUCAAGAGGACUACGAGUGUAAAAAAACAGGAAUUUUAAAAGACGGAUUUGUGUUCCGAUCAGAUGAAUGUGAGACUGAUUUUACCCGAGGGAAUCAGUCCGACUGCGAGCUGCAGGAGGAUCUGUGUAGUGAUGAGAGCAGCGCCCUGAAUGGAAACAACGACGCAGAGUUUGGGCAGCAUGAGGACGACGACUCACUUAAUAAAAGUCCAGAUGGACAGCAGACACAACAGUCCUCACCAAACGGACAAAAUCACUCGGUCAAACCCAAACGUAAGCGCUCCGGUUCAGACUCAAAGUCUGGCAAACCCAGAAGGGCCCGGACUGCGUUCACAUACGAGCAGCUGGUGGCUCUGGAGAACAAAUUUAAGUCGACGCGAUACCUGUCCGUGUGCGAACGCCUCAACCUGGCGCUGUCUUUAAGCUUGACAGAGACUCAGGUGAAAAUAUGGUUUCAGAACCGCCGGACCAAGUGGAAGAAACAGAACCCAGGGGCGGACACGAGCGCACCGACCAGCGGGAACGGAGGAGGACCGAACGGACCGAGCAACGUACUGGGCAGCUUGAGUCCUCUGAGCCCGUCUCCACCUAUGAGCGGUCAUCUGUCCAUGCACACCAGCUAUCCGGGUCACACGCCAGGAGGACUCGUCUGCACCACUCAGUUACCCUUUCUGCCGGGUCACGCGGUACUGUCACCCUUCAUGCUCGGCUCUCAGACUUACGGAGCUCCCACAUUUUACGCGCCGCACUUAUAAGAAAUCAUCUUUAGGAGAUCUGGUCCUGGAUCGGAAGAAACAGAGUGUCCGUUCAAAUCCGGUACAGAACAUUUUUAACUUGAAGCACUAUGCUGUCACACACCUGCAAAGACAUUUGAUCGGUUUGUCUUAAAAACUGAGAUGUAGCAACCAUUCUGCACUGUGGCAAGUCGCCAAUCGAGUUUAGGAAUCAUCUUCUCAUGUCCGGCAAUUCGUGCUAAAAUUUUGAUUUAAUAUCAAUAUGCUUCAUAUUUUGAUAAAAUGUGAAUAUUUCUCACGGUCAAACUGUAUAUAUUCAGUUAUUAUGAAAUGUGUUUAGACAUUAACUUUGAAUGCAAAUGUAGUAGGGAAUUAAAUAAUAUGUACUGAAACAAAGAAUAAGAUUGGACUAAAAUCGUGUAAACAUAAGCCUAAUGAAAAGGUUUUUUAUUUUAUUAUUCUUUCUCUUUUUUUCCCCUUUUUUUGUGGGCCAUAUUAUUUAAUUUUGACGUUGCAUAGACUAUGCUAUUAUUUAAUUGUUUG